UCCAAGAAAUAGGAACUCCAUGGAAGCUUUCUCACUAGCUAUAGCGUUUCUUGUCAUCUUCCUCACUAUUAGCUUCUUUGCUUUCAGAAAUGAUGCAUCCAAUGUUGAUGCAAAUCUGCCACCAGGUGGCUCUGGGUGGCCUAUUGUGGGUGAAACCCUGGAUUUCGUCAUAAACCCCGAGAAGUUCCUCAGCGACAGGAUGAAGAAACACUCUCCGGACAUUUUCAAGACCAAUUUCUUCGGAGAGAAGUUCGUGAUCAUAUGCGGCCCCAGCGGCCACAAAUUCCUCUUCUCCAACGAGGACAAGCACUUCACCGCGUACUUGCCAAAGUCCAUCCAGAAGCUCUUUUUCUCCACCCAGCAGAACACCGAUAAGGGUCUGAGCAACGACGAGAUGAAGUUGCCGCAGUUCCUGGCUUUUAUUUUAAAGCCCGAGGCAUUGGUCAAAUACGUGGCAGGUAUGGACUCCAUGAUCCAAAAACAGUUGAAGACUCACUUGGAAGGCAAAGCUGAAGUGAAGAUAUACCCUUUCUCCAGGUCUAUAACCUUGACCCUCGCGUGUCGCUUCUUUCUGGGCAUUGAAAACCCAGAACGGGUCGCGAAACUUGUCUGUCAAUUCAACAAGGUAACCCACGGGAUGCACACUCUUCCUUUAAACAUCCCCGGGACCGCGUUUUACCACGCGAUCAAGGCCACUGGGGUGAUUCGCAAGGAGCUCGCGGAUGUCAUAGCGGAGAAGAGAGCUCAAGUGGCUUCGGGGGCGCCCACUCAGGAUAUGUGUACGGCGAUGAUCGUUGAAGGGAUGUCGGAUGAGGACAUCAGUGAGAAGAUAACGGGGCUUUUAGUCGCUGGAUAUAGUACAAUUGCUAAUACCAUAACUUUUUUCAUGAAAUUUGUUGGAGAGAGACCUGAUGUUUAUCAUAAGAUCUUAUCAGAGCAAUUGGAGAUCUCAAAGUCAAAACAACCUGAAGAACCCCUAUGCUGGGAUGACAUGCAUAAGAUGAAGUACUCCUGGGCAGUGGUGUGUGAAGCAAUCAGGAUGGUUCCUCCAGUUCUAGGAACAUUCAGGGAGGCCAAAACCGACUUUUCAUAUGCCGGUUUCACUGUUCCAAAGGGGUGGAAGGUGUUUUGGACCGUUAACACAACACAAAAAAACCCUAAGUACUUUCGGGAACCGUGUAAAUUUGACCCGUCAAGAUUCAUGGAAGGUGACAGUUUGCCACCGUAUACUUUUGUGCCAUUUGGAGGAGGACCUAGAAUGUGUCCUGGGAAAGAGUACGCUCGGUUCGUGAUCCUCGCUUUCGUUCACAACGUGGUUAAAAAGUUUAGAUGGGAAGUGGUUGACCCUAAUGAGAAAGUUGUAGGCGGCAUGAUGCCACUGCCGGAGAAAGGACUUCCAGUUCACCUGCAUCCUCGCUACGUUUAAUCGACUUUUCAGAAUGUAAUUUACUUCAAGAUUGGAUAUAUAGUUUGGACUUUUCCAGUUCAUUAAGUAUUACUCCCUCCGUCCC